AUGGCCAAUCUGCCCCAAGGAAUCCUUCCGACCCUUCCUUGUGCUCUACCAAAGGCCGACCUGACCAGUGAUUCUGAUGCUGUUGGUAUCGCGAAGGGCCUUAGCAUCCCGCUGAGUAGCUUGUCGCUCGAACAAUUUACCCCAGAUGCAUUGUGGAGAGAUACCUUUGCCUUGACUGGGACAUUGCGAACGCUCUAUUCUGCUGUUACUGUUUUCAAGGCAUGGGAUCAACGAUGCCUCGCUCGCCAGGCAAAAGGCUUUCGGCUGAACCCUGAUGCCGCACGGGCAGUAUGCCCUGCACCAGGAAUAGGCUGGAUUGAGGUCCCUUUCACCUUUGAGACUGCAGCUAUACCGGCAACCACCUGCUCGGGAUUCGUCUCGCUGGUUCCGAAUGAAAACGGUAGCUGGAAAAUUUGGCUCCUGAGGACGAUCCUGGACCAGUUCCAGAAUCUGCCCAAUGUGGAUGAGUUGAAGCCUGGGCCAGCACCUACAAGACACCCUCUUCAUGAGGGAGCAGCCUACGAAUGUGUGGUUAUUGGCUGUGGACAAUCGGGGUUGAGUGUAGCUGGUCGACUGCAGGCACUGGGGGCGUCUUACCUGGUGGUGGACAAGGCGCCUCGCGUGGGUGACUCCUGGCUUCAGCGAUAUGAAUCAAUGAAAUUACAUUCCGUUCGAGAUGCCGCCCAGCUCCCGUUUGACCGCACCUUCACCGAGGAUUAUCCCGAAUUUAUGGGCAGGGAAGAUCUGGCCCGCGGAUAUCAAGCCUGGGCUGAGAAAUACUGCAUCAACAUUUCAUUCUCAACGGAGCUCACCUCAGGGGCCUGGGAUGACAAUAAACGUAAAUGGACUCUCCAUCUGCGCCUGAAACAAGACGAGCAAGUGACCACCAGAACCAUUACCUGCUCUCAUGUCGUAAUGGCCAUCGGCGCUGGAGGGCAGGAGCCCGUCCGACCCACUUAUCCAGGGGAGGACAUAUUCCAAGGGGAAAUCAUACACACGGCUCAAUACAAAAGCCCUCGCCCAUGGCAGGGUAAGCAUGGAGUCAUCAUUGGGUCCGCUAACUCUGCACACGACACGGCAGCAGACAUGGUUGGGACAGGAAUGGCCUCGAUAACUAUGGUCCAGCGCAGUCGGACAUGCAUUAUCCCAAAAGAGUUCAUGCCGCAACGAGCCCAAGGUACCCUCGCUGCGGACAAACAACAACUCUCCACUCCCCUAGCCGUAAGCCGUCUCAUGAGCACCCUCACACUGCGUUCAAAAAUCGCUCAAAACCCAGAGCGAUUCGACGCUCUCGAAAGAGCGGGGUUCAAGGUCGAUCGGGGCGCCGAAGUCGUUGCGCACGUUCAUGAACGCUACGGAGGACAUUACAUGGACGUUGGGAAUUGUGCUAAUAUUGCCAAGGGAUUGGUGAAAGUCAAAUCUGAUAGUCCUCUCGUCAGAUUCACUUCCACGGGACUUCUUUUCGAAGACAAUACCCAUAUCCCUGCCGACGUGGUAGUGUUUGCGACAGGGUAUAAGUGGAAUGCGAGGGAUACGGUCGGGGAGCUUUUCGGAAGGGAGGUGCAUGAUCGAGUUGAGGAUUACUGGGGACUUGAUAAGGAGGGUGAGGUUAGAGGGGCAUUCAAGCCUAGUCCGCAUGGCCAUAUCUGGUUCAUUUCCGGGACUACGACGCAUUCGCGGUACUUUUCUCGGUUCAUUGCGCUGCUGAUCAAGGCAGAUAUCAUGGGAGUGCCCAUUGAGGUGUAUCGGGGUAUACCUGAUGCAGAUGAGUAG